AUGGCCCGUAAGUACUUCUACUUCGACUACGACUACUAUGGGGUGAGCUUCUGUGAGGAAGAAAUCACGACUGAACCCGAGGAAAGGGUGGCCUACACAGCAAACAGUGGCAGCUUUGCCGAUGAAGUAGCAGGCAUCCUGAAAGAGCUGUUAUUUGAGGGCCACCAGAGCUCUAUAGGCGAACAUAGCUACCAAGGCUGUGGCAUGCCUAACACCCAGGACACUGGGCAAGACGAGCCAGAGGAGAGCAGUAAGGUGGCCGAGACCAGUGAGCAGUCAUUAUUCAGGAUUCCUCGGAAACCAUACAAAUUCACACCUGGACAGCUGUGGGAACUGCAAGCAGUGUUCGAAGAAACUCAGUAUCCAGAUACCCACAAAAGAAAAGAGCUGGCAGAGCUCCUGAAUGUGGAUGAACAGAAAAUAAAGGAUUGGUUCAACAAUAAGAGAGCUAAAUGUAGAAAGAUUCAGAGGGAAAUACUAAGGGGCAAGAACAUCACUCCUACCCAGGAAGAACUUCGCAUGAAGACUUUGGUGGAGUCCAAAAAAGUCAUCAUUUUCCAGGAGCAAGUGGGGGAUGGGCUCUUCUGGGAUCACUAG